CUAUUAACUCCACUUCCCCAAUACUCCUUGUUGAAAUAAAUAAAUAUCUCCCAUAACAAGAGUCCUCAAAGUGUAAAAUAAUAUAUCCACUUUCUAUUGUUUUUUCCCCUGUAUUGACCCUCUUUGGAAGGAAUCCGAGCUGCAGCGUUCGGAUUGAGGCGAGAAAAAAGGGCCUUUUCGUUCUCUUAAAAAGGCACCAAGAGAACAGAACAAACCAACUCUGCAGAGAUGAAGCUGGAGCCUCUUCACUUGCCGAAGACCCUUUGAAGAUUUGGGUUCGCCUUGCAACUCCGCGGAAAAAAGAGCGAAACUUUUUGCAAGAUGUUGGAGAAGAAGAGGAAAUUUUGUAUUGAUUCGGUGAUAGAGGAGUUUGAGGAACUGACAGAGGAUGCUGGCAAAGUUCAGAGAGAGACCCUGAAGAAAAUCCUCCAGGAGAAUGGCAAGGCUGAGUAUUUGCAGGAAUUGGGGCUUGGGGAUAGGACCGAUGUAGAGAGUUUCAGGGCUCGUGUUCCAUUAGUCACUCAUGAGGAUUUGGAGCCUUAUAUUCAGAGAAUUGCUGAUGGAGAUCAUUCACCACUUCUUACAGGAAAACCAAUCACAUCGAUUUCGUUGAGUUCUGGUACUACUCAAGGGAAGCCGAAGUUUGUGCCAUUCAAUGAGGAACUGGUUCAAUCCACUAUGCAAAUUUACACAACAUCUUUUGCUUUCAGGAACAGAGCGUACCCCAUUGGUAAUGGAAAAGCUCUACAGUUUAUCUACGGCAGCAAGCAGUUCAAAACCAAAGGAGGUCUCACCGCUACAACAGCAACUACAAAUGUAUACCGAAGCAAGCAGUUCAAGCACACGAUGAAAGAUAUCCAAUCACAAUGCUGCAGCCCUGAUGAAGUUAUAUUCGGUCCAGACUUCCAUCAGUCCUUAUACUGCCACCUCCUUUGUGGCCUAAUUUACUCAAACGAAGUUCAGUUUGUAUUCUCCACUUUUGCUCACAGCAUAGUUCAUGCAUUCAGAACAUUUGAGCAUGUGUGGGAAGAUCUUUGUACUGAUAUCAGAGAGGGAGUUCUCUCAAGCAGAAUUACCGUUCCAUCCAUCCGCGCUGCUGUUUCUAGACUUUUACGUCCUAAUCCUCAAUUAGCAGACGAGAUAUAUAACAAGUGCAUGAGUUUAAGUAGCUGGUAUGGUGUGAUCCCAGAGCUGUGGCCUAAUGCUAAAUACGUGUAUGGGAUUAUGACGGGGUCAAUGGAACCGUAUCUCAAGAAAUUGAGACAUUAUGCGGGAGAUUUGCCUUUAAUGAGUGCUGACUAUGGGGCUUCUGAAGGAUGGAUUGCGGCUAAUGUAGAGCCGGAAUUGCCUCCUGAGAAAGCAACUUUUGCUGUGCUCCCUAAUAUUGGGUAUUUUGAAUUUAUACCUCUAAGAGAGAAACCGGGGGAUCAGGGGCUUGACAAUGUUGGUUCUAAUUACCGUUAUAAAGAAUUGGAGCCGGUUGGUCUUGCAGAAGUCAAGCUUGGAGAAGAGUAUGAAAUGGUCGUCACCAGCUUUGCAGGUUUAUAUCGAUACAGGCUUGGGGAUGUUGUCAGGAUCGCUGGCUUUCACAACUCCACACCUAAACUGCAAUUCGUAUGCAGGAGAAGCCUAAUUCUAAGCAUAAACAUGGACAAGAACACGGAGAAAGACCUACAGAUAGCAGUGGAAGAAGCCAGCAAGCUAGUAGCAGCAGAGAAGCUCGAAGUGGUCGACUUUUCUAGCCACGUCGACAUGUCCAGUGACCCCGGUCACUAUGUAAUUUUCUGGGAACUUAGCGGCGAAGCAAGAGAAGAUGUCCUCAACAGUUGCUCUGACUGUCUCGAUCGUGCUUUUGUGGACCCCGGGUACACUGGACAGAGAAAGGUGCAGGCUAUAGGACCGCUGGAGCUUAGAAUAGUCCAGAAAGGAACCUUCCAGAAGAUUCUAGACCAUUAUCUGAGCCUCGGCGGGGCGCUUAGCCAGUUCAAGACCCCGCGCUGCGUUGGCAUAUCGAACAGCAAGGUGUUGCAGAUCUUGUGCAGCAAUGUUGUGGGCAGCUACUUCAGCAGUGCAUAUGAUUGAAACUGAAUAGGGUUGGUUGACAUGAGGGCGUUUUAUGUAAGUAUUAAGGUUGAUGUCUGUAUCUUGCUAAUAGUUGCUGGAAUAUUUGAGGGUGUUUGUGUAAGGAGGUACUUGGUGCAGCUUGUUGGCCUCCCUUGUGUAGCUGUUUACUUAUCUAUGAGCUGGUUGAAUGCAGCAUGAUGUUAGUCGUA